AAACUCGGCGCAUAAAACGCUUUGCCCUGCGUUUUCGGCGUCCGAGUUCUUGAGAGAGAGAGAGAGAGAGAGAGAGUGAAGAGUGCGCUUCACUAGGCGUAGCGAAGUUGACCAGAGACACCCUAAAACUUCAGGUGCAAACUAUCUGUUGAUAGAUUACUGGAAAUAUGGUUGAAACUCUUUUUGAAGAUAUUUUCAAGGUUGAUGCAUUAGAUCCGGAUGGUAAAAAAUUUGAUAAAGUUUCUCGCGUUGAUGCACGGAGCGAGCAGUUUGACAUGCACUUACUGCUAGAUGUAAACACUGAGAUAUAUCCUAUUCAUGUUGGGGAGAAAUUUAUGAUGGUACUAGCAUCCACUCUAAACUUAGACGGAACACCUGACACUGGUUACUAUACUCAGGGUGGGCGGAAGACACUUGCAGACAAAUUCGAAUACGUCAUGCACGGGAAGUUAUAUAAAAUAUCUGAGGAUGGUCCAGGACCUAGAGUCAAAGCGGAAUUGUAUGUUUCAUUUAGUGGACUUCUGAUGAUGCUGAAGGGGGACCCCUCCAUUGCAACUAAGUUUGAGCUUGAUCAGAGGUUGUUUCUCCUAAUAAGGAAGGUGUGAGACUCUCUAUUAGGACUCAUGAAGUGACAACAGUUAAACAUGAAAUUCUUAUGUAUUUGCACAUGGAAGUACCAUAAAAACUCUUUUUUUUUUUUUUUUUUCUUCAGCUUCUACUUGAUGGGAAAACUUUGCCUGUGGCACAUUCUUCCCUUCUUAGGUUGUUUGUUAACUCUAUGACUGUAUCAAAGUGUAUAAACCCUGCAUGUACUACAAGAUAUUUUGUACA